AUGUUGCAGUUCAACAUGCAGCGACAGUUUCCUUUCCUAACACAUAAAGGCAGAGAGAGGGAAGCAUCAAAUGUCCUCCCGCAGCCCAACAAGGGAAAGGAUAACGAAGGCAUGCAUGUAGACAAGCAGAGAAGCUUUUCUGCUACUGCUUCAUUGAGCUCCCAGCCUCUACUGCUCCUUGGACCUGAGGGGAAUUACAAUUACUACGUGGACGAUGAAGAUGAAGAAGAGGAAGAGAAAGAACAAGGAAAAUGGCCAAGCAGAGACACAUUCGACGGAGAAAACAAGCUCUCGUCAUCCAUUCCUUGCUCCCCUGCCCUUUCCUCUGGAGGCCCAGCCAGGGCUUCCACUUCAUCCGUGCUGAACAUCAAUGUCGGUGGCCAAAGCUACCGCCUCACCUACCAGGCAGUGUCCGUCUAUCCCAAGACCCGCCUGGGCCGCCUGGCCACCUCCACGGACCGUCGCUGCCAGCUGGGGCUGUGCGAUGACUACGCUGCCCAGGUAGAUGAGUAUUUCUUUGACCGGGACCCAGCUGUCUUCCAGCUGGUGUACAACUUCUACGCCUCGGGGGUGCUGCGCGUGCGAGAUGAGCUGUGUCCCCGCAGCUUCCUGGAGGAGCUGAGCUACUGGGGCGUGCGGCUGAAAUACACACCUCGCUGUUGCCGCAUCUGCUUCGAGGAGCGCCGUGAUGAGCUGAGUGAGCAGCUGAAGGUCCAGCGCGAGCUGCGCUCCCAGGCAGAGGCUCAGGAGAACGAGCAGCUCUUCCACCACAUGCGUUACUAUGGUCCGCAGCGCUGGCGCCUCUGGAACCUCAUGGAGAAACCCUUCUCCUCUGUCACCGCCAAGGUGAUGGCAGUGGCCUCCAGCUUCUUCGUGCUCAUCUCUGUGGUGGCCUUGGCACUCAACACAGUGGAGGGGAUGCAGCGAUGGGAGAGUCGGCCUGUCUUGGAGCACAUUGAGACCCUGUGCAUCGCGUUCUUCACUCUGGAGUACCUGCUGCGCUUGGUCUCUACCCCAGACCUGCGCCGCUUUGCCAGCAGCGCCCUCAAUGCAGUAGACCUCAUUGCAAUCUUGCCCCUCUACCUGCAGCUGCUGCUCGAAUGCUUUGCUGAUGAUGACCAGCCCCGAGGUCGAGGCUCUCAGCAUGAGCACGAUAUCGAGAAGGUGGGACGGGUGGGCAAGGUGGGACAAGUGCUUCGCAUCAUGCGCCUCAUGCGCAUCUUCCGCAUCCUCAAGCUGGCCCGUCACUCCACAGGGCUGCGUGCCUUUGGCUUUACCUUGCGCCAGUGCUACCAGCAGGUGGGCUGCCUUUUGCUCUUCAUUGCCAUGGGCAUCUUCGCCUUCUCUGCCAUGGUCUACACAGUGGAGCACGAUGUCUCCAGUACCAACUUCACCAGCAUCCCCCAUGCUUGGUGGUGGGCUGCCGUCAGCAUUUCUACAGUGGGAUACGGAGACAUGUGCCCAGAAACUCACCUCGGCCGCCUGUUUGCUUUCCUCUGCAUUGCGUUUGGAAUAAUCCUGAACGGCAUGCCCAUCUCCAUUCUCUACAACAAGUUCUCAGACUAUUACAGCAAGCUGAAGGCCUACGAGUACACGGCUCUCAAGAAAGAAAGGGGGAAAGUGGACUUCACACGGAGAGCCAUGAAGAAAAUAUCUGAAUGCUGCGGAGAAGGUGCAACACACUCCUUGUCACAGCACUGA